UUCCAGUGACACGACCGGAAAAAACCGGAAACUUCCUGCUUGAUGUCCUAAACUUAAGGGUUAGGGUUUUAGUCUUCGGUGUAUUUUGUACUGAUGUUAUUAACGUCGUGUAUCUGUCGGUGUUGACACAGACCAGAUGUAAAGUCUGUCUGAGGUCUGUGGCCGUUUUCAAAAUGUUUUCUUCUAAACUGAGUCAUGCAAAGAAGCUGCUCCGGGUCGGACACACACUCCGAGGAGGGAGAGCCUCCUCAUCGACGCUGGUGUUGGGCAUCGAGACGAGCUGUGAUGACACUGGAGCGGCCGUGCUGGAUGAGACCGGCAGGAUACUAGGAGAGAGUCUGCAUUCACAGAAAGAAGUACAUCUGAGGAGCGGAGGCAUCAUUCCCAUCGUGGCACAAAAGCACCACAAACAAAACAUAGAGCGUGUGGUCCAGGAGGCGUUGGACAGAAGUGGCGUCGACCCGAGCCAGCUGGCAGCCGUGGCGACUACGGUGAAGCCGGGCUUGGCUCUAAGUCUGGGCAUCGGCCUGGAGUUUAGCCAGAGGUUUGUGAGGCGACAUGACAAACCCUUCAUACCCAUCCAUCACAUGGAAGCUCAUGCCCUGACUGUCAGGAUGCUGCAUCCUGUGAAUUUUCCCUUUCUGGUUCUGCUGGUUUCUGGCGGCCACUCGCUGCUCGCAGUGGCCAGAGGAGUGGACGACUUCCUGCUGCUGGGUCACACUCUGGAUGAAGCUCCAGGAGAUACGCUGGACAAAGUGGCUCGACGUUUGUCCCUCAUCAAACACCCAGAAUGCUCCACCCUCAGUGGAGGACAGGCUAUAGAACAUCUGGCAAAGACUGGAGACAGAAAAAAGUUUGUCUUCACGACACCUAUGGGUCAAGUCCACGACUGCUGCUUUUCUUUCGCAGGUUUAAGAAAUCAAGUAUCGAUGACUGUAAUGAAAAAGGAAGCGGAGGAAGGUAUAGAACAGGGAACGUUGUUGUCGUGUGUGAAUGACAUCGCCGCUGGUGUUCAGUACACCGUGGCCUCUCAUCUCGCCAAACGUACCCACCGUGCCAUCUUGUUCUGUAAGACACGUGGUCUGCUGCCGUCUCCCAGGCCCACUCUGGUUCUGUCUGGAGGAGUUGCCAGUAACCAGUACAUCAGAAGGACUUUGUCAGUCAUUGCGGAGAAGACUGGUCUGGACCUGGUCUGUCCUCCAGCCCAGUUCUGCACCGACAAUGGUGUCAUGAUCGCUUGGAACGGCGUGGAACGUCUGAGAGAAGGGAAAGGAAUUCUGCCUCCUGACGUAGACGUUUUCUACGAGCCGAGGUCUCCACUAGGGGUCGAUAUGACAGCGGAGGUGAGGGCAGCAAAGAUCAGUUUGCGUUCAGUCAAGAUCAAGGUCCCUGACUGACUCUGACUCUGCUUCAGUCCUGGGUUCAAAGUUCAAACUCCUGGUGUAAAUGUAUGAACUGGUUUGAUCCAUUUUUAAAAAAAUUAAAUCACUGUUAACAUUGUUGUCAACUUAAAUGAUGCAUCUGGAGUGGUACGAUUCCCAUCUGCCGUACAGAAGGUUCUGGGUUCGAUUCCGUCCUAGGGUGUGAUUUCUCUGACUCACCACUGUGUGGAGCACCUCUGUGACUUGUCCCAGUCAUCCACUGGUAAUUAUAAAAUAAUCUGACAUUUAAAGAUGCGUAAAUGAAUAGGUUCAUUUCAGGGAGUUCGUAUUGUAAAUACAUCCCAUCACUGUUGAACAUUUAAAACCUGAAUAUUUUCAUUUAGAAAAAUUAGGGAUGUCCCAUUAACUUUUUACCGUUAUCCGAUAUUGACUUAAUUUCUGAUUCCAAUAUCAACCAUACCAAUGUGGCGUGGCAGUGGUGGCCUAGUGGUUAAGGAAGUGAAGUGCAGCCUGCUCACUAAGGUGAUGGGUUAAAGCAGUGUUUGUCAAUUAUUUGCCAUGCCCUCUUUAUCUGUACAAAUCACGCAGCAUAAACACAGGAAAUACUGGACAACAACGAGCGUUUUACUGCAGUGUUCACUCUAACACAGGGUCGGGUUGAAAACAACAACAUUAAAACUAAUCACAGUCAGAAGUGUAACGACCUAAGAACGAGAACCAAACAGAUGACAGGACGGGUGACGGGAGUGGGCGU